AUGACUUCAGUUAAAGAUCCAGCUUACAACACUAUCUCGACUGAACUUGGUUCUUACACCCGCAAGUUGAUCAAGCCGAUCCAAUGGGAACCAAAAAUCGAAGCAUUCAUCAAAGAGGUUCAGGAAAACGGCUUCGUAAUUAUUCGAGAUGCCUUCAGCAUGGCCGAUAUUGCUGAGACGAAAGUAGAGUUGACCCAAUUAGCCAGCAGUGGACGAGGUGGGCCUGCUGGCACCAAGGGGCGGAACGCGUUUGAGGGCUACCAGACAGGACGAAUAUAUGCACUUUUGGACAAAUCUAGAAUCUUUGAUAAAUUCAUAUUGCAUACAGAUGUCAUGGCCUUGAAUGACUUUUUCCUGGACCCAGGUUUUCAGAUAAAUGCCUUUCAUAGCGUUUCUAUUCAACCCGGGGAGCAACCUCAGACGCUACACCACGACGAUGGGCAUAUUACAGUACCACGGCCGCAUCUACCAUUUGGAACAGGUGUCAUUGUUGCUCUAGACGCUUUCACCGAAACGAACGGAGCGACUGUUGUCGUGCCAAAGUCACAUCUUUGGGACGACAAGCGCCGGCCGGAUAGAGGUGACACACUUCCAGUUGUGAUGGAAAGUGGAAGUAUGGUAUACUUUUUAAGUACACUAUGGCAUGGGGGAGGUGGAAACAGUUCUGGAGAAACACGAGACGCCUUGAACAUGCAGUACUGUCAACCCUGGAUACGUCCGUUUGAGAAUCACAUCCUCGCUGUUAGCUGGGACAAAUUAAGCCAGAUACCUCCCAAAUUGGUUGACAUGAUGGGCUACAAAGUUGCAAUCCCAAUGGUCGGUCAUGUAGAGGGCUCCAGUCCGCUCAGCGCAGUUACUCGUCGUCUUGAAAAGUAUCACAAACAGAAGUCACCGACGGAGGCAAAACUUUAG